AUGAACGUGCUUGCCGCGUGUGAUUUCGAUCUCAAUUUCACCUUCGUGUUGAGCGGUUGGGAAGGAACCGCCGGCGAUGGCAAGUUGUACGAAGAUGCUCUGCGCAAAGGCCUUCGCAUUGACGACAAUCGAUUCGACAUUUUGGUCGCUGGAUUUGCUCUCACGAAGACAGCGUUGACGCCAUACCGUGGAAAAAGCAUCAUUUGA